AUGACUGGCUCUUCGUACAGUCAAUCGUACGGAAACCCUUACGACUCCGACCAAGACGUUGGGGUUUACACAGUCGACGAUGUCCCCUCCAUUGGAGCGACCGAACUGACGGAAGAAGAAGCAGCGGCGAUCGCCUCUUAUGAAUCUUACUUUUUAACUGAGCGAGGAAUUCCCGCCAUGCCUGCGCCACCCACCACGACCCCUCAAACUCAACUGAGCUCUCCACGAUCACCCCUGACCCAGGCAGCCGAGGAAGAAGCUGGCCAAUACCGCAGUCCAAUCACUUUGAAUCAAUAUCCGUCCAAGUUUAACUUUCCCGAAACAGAGAAUAAUGGGAAGAAGAAGAAGAAAAAAAUCACCGUCGAUGUUGAACGAAAACCGGAUGGCACUGGGCUCAUGUUUUCGCCCCCGGUGACUGAUGAUGAAGAAUUCAAUUUUGACAAAGAAUUAGUCGAAAGACCACCCUUGCCACGAGGAAAGAUAGAGAAGGAAAAACCGAUUACUCCACUGGAGGCGUUGAAAAAGCCGGAAUUUAUAACAUCUCGAGAGACGGCGGAGAAAAUCAAGAUCAUCCAAGAACGGACUGCGGAGUCGAUGGAAGUUCUCGAUAGGCAUGGAUUCACUGACCGUACUCGAACGACUUCGGAAGUGAAUCUCCACGACCGCCGAGCCUUUGGUUCCUACGAAAGUGGCUCUCCUUUUGCCUUGGACGAGGCAAGCGGCGGCCCAGCGCGGCCUGGAACGGCGCAUCCGACCAGAGGGUUGAAUCUGAAACAUGUAAGAAGGAAUUCGGCGGGACUUGCGACUGGAAUCGGAGCGAAAGAAGCACCUCAGCCACGGGCAAAUCUAUCGAGCAGAACGUCAUCGCCUUUUGGCAAUCAGUCGUCCUACUCGUACUCUUCUAGCAACGUCGUUGGCGCUCCCACGCUUACACAAAAGCUCCGAUCAGGAGUACAACCCGUUCUUGUUGAUGGCAUCAGCUUGGCAGAUCUUUCUCGAUCAGCAAGUGCACGGUCGAAUGAUUACGCUUCCCUGCGAUCAUUUCCAUUUGAGAAAUACGCUUCAUCAAGAUCGAAAACACCAAACGACUCAAGCAAAUCUUCCAUCGGCGUCAGCAACAUAACUUUCUCAACAAAGACUGAUUUCGAUUUCGACAGCGUGGAGCGCUUCGCGGAAGUAGAGUCUAAGCACGAGCUUCCUGCCUCUAUUCCAACAUCUUUUCAUGACUUUGUCGUCGACGGAAUCGAUCAGAGCUUUUCAUACGAUGAUGAACGCGACAGGAUUCAGAAGAAAACCUUCACAAAGUGGUGUAACCAGCACUUGAAAAAGUCUGGAUCGACUAUCGACGAUUUGUAUGAAGAUCUCCGCGAUGGCUUCAAGUUGCUCUCGUUGCUCCAGAACUUGAGUGGCCAGUCAUUAAACCGCGCAAGCGCCACCCAAGGCCCAAGAAUGUUCAUGGCGAGAGAAAAGGGAAGAAACAGAAUACACCGGGUUCAAAAUGUGCAGUUCGCGCUGGAUUUUCUCAAGAAAAGAAAGGUCCGUCUUGUUAACAUCCGAGCAGAGGACAUCGUCGAUGGCAAUCCAAAACUCAUCCUUGGGCUUGUUUGGUCUAUCAUUCUGCACUUCCAGCAAUCAAACGGCACACGCCGAUUGAGCUGGCCACAGGGACUUUUAAUCGACCCUUAUGCCGAGGCGCAUGACAGCGAGAUCUCCUCAAAAUCGUCGACAGCGCGAAAACGAGUGACAUUUAGUGAAUUGCCUAAUGAGACAUACGCGUGGGGACAUGAACGCAUAAGUUUGCGCUCAUACGAUGAGUUUCCGCCGCCGGUUGAAGAGAUUGUCAUUGAAGGCGACGACUCGCAGCAACGGCUGACAGCGAAGAAAGCGCUGCUCCAAUGGGCGCGACAGAACAUGGAAGGCUACGACACCAAUGUCAACAAUUUCACCACCGAUUGGAGCGAUGGCAUGGCCUUCAAUGUCAUCAUGCACAGAAACAAGCCGGAGAUCAUUGAUCUCACGAAAGUCUCGCAGAUGUCAAACAGAGAGCGACUGGCAAACGCCUUCGAUACUGCCGAGAAGAAGUUCGGAAUCACUCCCUUGCUCGACCCAGAAGACGUCGAUGUCGCCAAGCCAGACGAGAAGUCCAUCAUUACAUACGUCUCCUCCCUCUACGACGUCUUCCCCAAGGUCCCUCCAAAGCCAGCCAUGGUCACAAGCGAAGAAUGGGAAUAUGUGCUCACAGAGUACAGAAGAGUGUACACCAAGAUCAUCGAAUGGUGCUCGACUCAGAUCACAAUCAUUCGACGGAAGAAAGCGCCAAAAUCAUCGGAAGAAGCGGAAGAAAUGCUCCGUGAAUUCACUGUCUUCCAAAGUGAGCGAGAACAAACUGCAGCUCUGCGGGACGAGUGUAGAUCUCUCUGGAAUCAGCUCAAUUCACUCGCUGCUCAGAGUCGUGGAGAGUUUACUAUUGGGCCGGAAUUGGACAUAAACCCAAUGGAAGUUCGAUGGGAUGAGCUCAACGCUGAAGCAGAUCGUCAUGGCAACUUCUUGCAAUCAGAACUCGAGCGUCUCAAGAGGCUUGAAGAGAUCUGCAAAAAGAUGGAUGCCGAAAUCGACGAGACGAACGAGACACUCAAUACUGCCGGAGAGUGGCUGAAAAAACUUGCGUCUGAUGAUUUAAGCGAUCUUCCAUUAGAUCUUGAUCCUGUUGCUGAAGUGACGAACUGCUUGAAUCGUGCGGAAGGACAGAUCCGUAGUUUGUCAGCAAAGGUCGAAGAGUUGAGAUCAGCGCGAUACCAUAGAUCAGAAGAAUAUUAUGAAAUCGUGGCCCAACUUAACUCCAGACUUGUCGACAUGAACUGCGAGUACGAUCGCCUCAAACGACUCGGACUUCUGGAUCCUAUCUCAAUCAAAGAAAGGAGAAAAUUAAGACCACCUCUUGAAGAGUCGAUUGAAUGGAAAGACUUGUUAGAUGCUGAGAAUGUGCUUCAAAGAUCAGUCGAGGAACUUGAACAAGUGACCGCUGGCGUUGAUGGUGCAAGUGCAGAAGAAAAUCUCAAUAAGAUUAAUGACUUAUUGAAGUCGUUUGCUAAUUUCUUGGAUCCAACUGUCGACAAACUUGAGAACUACUACUCGAACUUCGACCAAGGAACCAAAGAUUACAAAGCAUAUGAUGAGCGAUAUCGUAAGUGGAAAUCCAGUGCUCAGGACCAUCUUGCAAGCCUGAAGAGACGCGUCCAAGAUCAGCAAAAAUGCACGGAAUUCCUUCAAAGCUGCGAAGAAUGCUCUUCAGAGCUCAUGGCAAUCAUCGAUGAGCUCCAGUCAGAUGAUUGGUCUGAUGAAAACAAAGAUGUAGCCCAGGCUACUGCCGCUUUUGAGGACUACAGCAAGCGAGUUCAGAUCAUCUGCCGCAACAUCGACUCUGUUCUUGGCCACGGACCAUUGACUGCCUCUCAAAUCUCUCGUGGAAAGGAUUUAAUUGAAAAUUACAUCUUCAAGCUUCAGCACGAGAAGCAAAUGGCUGCUGCAAUUCUUGAGGCGUAUGAAGUUCAGGUCCGCCUUCUCUCGCAAUACAAAGAAUUCUUCGUUGAAAUAGGCGAUUUGAAGAAACAAAUUCAUGACCGAAAGAUUACAGUUCAGUCUAUUUGCACUAAUCUUGACGAAAGCAGCGCGGCCGAGCGAGCUGAAAAGCUCGAGGAAAUCAAGUUUACCUUUUCGUCCUUGUCAGUCAAGAUGAUGGAGUUGGAAACGCAGUCAAAGUCUAUCACCAAUAUCAAGGCUAGACGAUAUAGAACUGAGAAGCAUUUUGCUGCUCGUACUGUUACAAGGGUGAAAAAUGUCGAUCUUAACAUCGCGAGAAAUGAGCCUCUGACGCUCGUUGACUCGAGCAAGCCAGAAGCUUGGCAGCUGUUUACUGAAACUGGACAGAAUGUUACUUUACCGGCGAUAACAAUUACCCUCCCUCCACCGAACAAGCUGGCAGAAGAGGCUGUUCAGGAGCUCAAGAGUGAAAUGACCCAACUAAAGGGCAAUUGGGAGCAGUCCAAAGCCAAUUGUGCCUAUUAUCAAGCAUCUGGAAAGUUUCAUGAAAACGCUGGAAAAAUUUUGCAAUGGGACAGUCUUCCUCCUAUCAAUACUCGAUCCUCAGCGAUGAGCUCCCUUGAAAACGCAUUCAAGGAAGCGGGAAGACAUGUCGAAGACAGCCGCAACGACUCUGUUCAGCGUGACUACGAUGAAAUGCCUAACAUCAUCAAUAAUUGUCAACGACACAUUGAUGACUUGGAAGCCAAGGAACACGCCGCGAACGAGGCAGAAAAAGAACGCCUUCGAAGAGAACAACUCCGAGAAGAGCUAGCACGAAAAGCGCAGAGUCUUAAAGACUACCUCGCUGGACUGCAACAGAAAUUGGAUAAUGCAAAGAAGGACAUUCUUCAUCGAGUAUCGAUUGCAAUCGCAUUCGAAAAUCCACACGAAGCCGCUCAAGAUGCCCAGCGUAGUAUAAAUGAUCUUGAAGCAAUCCGUGCUGGAUCAAACCGAGUCCAUGGGGAGUUAUCCGAGUUGGAAGCAUCUGAAGAAGCGCCAGAGGGUAUUGAGCUCGCGAAGGCCGAUUUGGAACAAAUUCGAGCGGACGUCAACCAAUUCCAGGCUCUGUCGCAAGUCUACAUUAGAAAAGUCCAAAAAGUUCAAGUUGUGAUCGGACAAGUUCAAGCUACAGAAAACAUCAUCGCUAGAUUGGAAGAGAAGGUCAAUUCGCAGCUGAAUCAGGCAACAUCAAAUUCAGAGGCGAUGGAACUAAAACUGCGCCUUCUUAAAAAUUCCACAUUCGAGCUUGGUGCACAAGAUGCUCUUCUUCAGACUUUGAGUGAAGCAGCUGGAGAAGCAAAGGCUCUUGGACAGCAAGUCGAACAAGAGUCAAAUAUUCCCGACCCUGACGAGUACAUCUACGGAUUCACUGUUCAAAAACUACAGGACCGCCUUCAAUCGCUAAAGGACAAGCUCAAGAGUGAGAUCGAUCAGCUGGAAAGCGAAAUCCCUAUCCUCAAGAGCCAAGAAAACGCAGCAGAAGCGAGCCAGCGGGGAAUCCAUGAUGCUAGUCGUCUGCUUAACGAGCUUGAACAUAUUGCCAACGCUGCCGAUAAAGAGUUGCGCCGUGAGCACGCUGAGAGCUUUGAUGUCCGCGCCAGUCUUUCUCGCUGUGACGACUUUUCAAAACGACUCAAUAAUGUCCGAAGUCCCUGCACAGCAAAAGCAGAUGAUAAUGUUGCGGGAAUUCAACAUAAGAUGAACGAAUUGCAAUCAGCGAUGGAUGCACUCGCAGUUACCCGAGCUAUUCUCGAGAAGUACCAAAUGACACUUUCUGCCGAUUCUGUAUGCUCGACUAUCGACGAUUACGAACACAAGAUGGCAUUGCUACAAGAACUCCAGAAGGAAAUUCCAGAAAAUGAUCCGAAGUUCGCUGGUCUCAAGAGCCAUUUGACCGAGUUACCAGACAAUGACCUCGACAGAAAUAGACUAAACGUCGAGAUGAAUGAUCAUAUGAAUGAAUGGAAUCAGCUCAAAUGGCAACUGAACAUGGCCUUAGAAAGCAACAAGAAAGAGCUCGACAAGAAGAUCAGAGAGCGCGAGCAUGAAAACAGCGUCGGCUCGCUCCGAAGCAAGAUCGCGGAAUUCAUCGCCAAGAUCGAGAAAAUGUCCGCUCAGCAAAUUGACGUACUCAGCGCUGAACACGAGAUGACUGUAGCGACAUUUUACAAUGAGCUCCAGGCACAACAAGAAGUCCUUGACGUUUUCAACAAUCGUAUUGAAGGAGAGUACAAGGCGCUUCGAAAUGAGUGCGACCAGCUUCAACUUCCCAAUGAAGAAUGCCAAGAACUUCAAUCCGCCUGGGAGCGUGUCUGGAAGCUUACUAAGCACACUAUCGAUAAACUCAAAGCUCUCCGAGCGUACACAGAACAGGUUGAGAAAGCUCAGGCUGUUCUGGCUAAAUGGACAUUGGAAGCUGAGCGAUUCGAGCGUGAAUCUGAAAAUGCCGAUCCAGAUUUCCUAACAAAACUUUCAAAAGAUGCCCAACGUGCUUAUGCUGCCACAAAAGAAGAUGAUGAGACCUUUGUUUUGUCCAUUUUCGCUGCAAAUAUCUCCUCAGCACAUGCGCCAGUUGCCCAUGAAGCCCAAGAUCGAGAUAUGGCCCAAGCUCAAAGCAUUAGUGAGGACCUAUCAGCGCAGUGGAAUGCGGUCAAACAGCGCCUCCAAGUGGCUUCGAAAACAGCUUUGAACAACUCGAAAUUGAGACAAAGUGAGAAUCAAACUCGCGAAGCUGGUAAACAGCUUGAAUUUGUUUCCAAUCUCAAGGAUAGACUCACAAGACUUUCUGAGAAGAUCACGAAGAAACUGAACACUCCCACUCCUCUCGAACUUUCUGACCUAGAAGUUGUUUUGACCGAAAAUACCGCCUUGUCGACUGAAGUGAAAGAAAUCGGCAGAGAAGUUGACAUGACUUCAAAGAGUACGAUGGAAAUGCUCCGAAAAUCUCGCGAUGUCGAUACUGAAAUCGCGACUCAACUCCGUAGCAUGCUCGAGUCUAUCACUGGCCUCUGGGGUCCAAUUGAUUCCGUCUGGAACGUUUACGAAGACAAAUGCAGAAGAUUCAGAAACUGUGUUGAAAAAUAUGGUGGAGCUCGAAUUCAACUCGAAAACACUGAAGACGAGCUCACUAGAAUCGAGAUCGUUUCGCAAACGGUUGAAGAACGGGACGAGAAGUUGAAGAGAUUGAAAGAGCUCCAAGCUUCCUUCAGUCAGAUUGAACCACUUUUCUUCAGCUUGGAGAGCUCGCACUCGGAGGUCAAAUCUGUUGAAACUAGAAUGCAAACUAAAGGCUACUCUGAUGAGUCAUUUGAAACACUUACGGUGCUCGUUCAAUCGCUUAUUGCUCGAUGGCGCAACGCAAAGACUGAGAUCAUUCGACGCCAAACUGAUGUAAAGGAUGCAUUCGACAAGCUUGGCAAAUUCAAACAGUCAAUCAAGAAGCAUGUCACUUUUGUCGAAAACAAGGAGAAGGAGCUUGACUCGAUUCUUGCAACUCAAGCUGAAACUUCUGAAGCCAUCCAGCGAAAAUUGUCAAAAGUUGAAGGACUCCAAAAAGAAAUCAACUCGCUUCAGGACGAAUUCGUUCAGGUUGAAGAACAAGGAGAACAACUCAACGAAAUCAUUCGCGAUGCCAACGCUCAUUGCGAAAAGUGGGCUGAAAGCUGCGAAAAAACGCUUUCUCUCCCAACUCUCGAGCGAUAUGUCGAAAUUGAAAUUGAGACCGUUACGAGAAAGUACGACAAACUCGGCCGAAUGGUCGCCGAGCAGAUCGAACGACUGAAGAUCAAAGUUCGCGAAACAAAGGCGCAAGAGGAGUCCGAAGCUCGUUAUGAAAUCGAGCAGUCCACUGUCACUCAGCGAGAAAACGACGUCAAGUUCGAUACUGGAUUCAAGGGACAAGCAAAUCUUUCUUCCCUCGAGGGGUCUGGACUGAUUACAAAAGAUCAAGCAGAUAAGCUUGAACUUGGUGAUCUCCUUCCGUCCGAUCUUGAUCUGCAACUGCGACCUUGGCUUUUCUGUGGAGAAGAGCCCGUUGCUGGUGUCAUUCUCGAAGAAACUGGCGAGAAGAUUACUCUAAAUGAAGCUUGCAGAAGGAGCCUGCUCAGAAGAGGAACCACCCUAGAACUUCUUGAGGCUCAAGCCGCUGUUGGGAGCGUUAUCGACCCCAUCAGAUCGGAGAAACUUUCUGUUGAAGAGGCGAUAAGCAGGAAUCUUCUUGACCCCUAUCAAGUUGAUGCUCUUCGCCGAGCAGAAAGAGCUGUUACCGGCUGGCCAGAUGCUCGUGCUGGAGGAAAACUUCUCUCACUUUUUGAAGCUAUGCGACGAGGCUUAGUGGCCGACACUCGAGCGAUUCGUCUUCUGGAAGCUCAGAUUGCUACGGGAGGGCUUAUCGAUCCCCGAGCCAACCAUCGAGUUCCAAUUAAUGUGGCUUUCCGACGAGGACUCUUCGACUCCGAAACCAAUCAAAAACUAGAAGACCCCACUGACGACACCAAAGGCUUCUUCGAUCCCAAUACGCAAGAAAAUCUUACCUAUAUUGAGCUUAUCCGACGCUGCCAAAAAGAGCCAGAAACUGGCUACCACUUUUUAGUGCUGCGUCCAAAGCGACGCGGCGAGGGACGCGCAUCAAGAAGCUCACUGUGGAACGACACGCGUAAUCAAUCCCGUGAGAGCCCAGCAAGCCGUAAUUACAAUCACUCUAAUGCCCGAUGCAAGACCCCAGAACAUGUUACCAAAUCAGCAUCAUCUACCUCUCAAUCAAUCAAAUCGAAAAGCGCCUCUAACUUGCCUACAACGCACCAAUUGACAACGAAAAAGUUACGACGCGAAGAUAUCAUGUUCACUGUCCCGAGUGGAAUAGUCAGACUCACCGAGCUCAUCGACGCUGGUUGUACUGACGAGACUGCUGUGCGCGAACUCGAGUGUGGAAAAAUCACCAUGGAAAAAUUCCGACACUCGUUAGAACGAUAUUUGUCUGGUUUGCCACCGAUCGGAGGAGUCAAAAUCACCCAUGGAAGUGGAGUGACUGAAAUCCUUUCUAUCUAUGAUGCGCAGCGUCGCCAAUUGAUCGAUCAGGAUCUGAGUUUCUAUCUUCUUGAGGCUCAGGCAGCGACUGGCGGACUUUGUGGACUUGGAAGCGCCAAGCGAUACGAUCUUCAUACUGGAUUUGAACAAGGCCUCAUCGAUAGAGAGCUCAUUAGCGAUUUGACUAAUGGACUUUCUGCUGUGCUCGGUUUUGUUGGAAGAAAUCGCUCACUCGUCUCGACUAUGGAAGCAGCAAGAAUCGGAAUGAUAUCCGAAGACGACGCUCGCCGGCUUUUGUUCACCCAAAUCGUUACCGGCGGCGUUUUCAAUAUUGCCAAUGGAUUCCGAUUGCCUCUUGACGUCGCCAGCAAGAGAGCGAUGUGGACACGCAGCUGGGACAACAUGGCUCCACAGUGCUACGAGUUCAACCAAAAAGCAAUGACUUAUGAACAGCUUUGCGCCAAGUGCGAAAAAGAUGAAAGUUCGCGAUGUCUUCUUCUUCCUAUUGCUGGAAAUAAAAAGCCAGUUGGAAAACCAAUCCAAUCCAUCAUGGGAACUCCUCUUAGCUUCUACCACCAGCAUAAAAUGAUCUCUGACGAAACUUACGCUGCUGCUCAAGCUGGCUUCAUGUCUGAAAGUGACUUAGAACAGCAGCUCUCUCGUCGACUCAUUGGUUGUGAGCCUAUUGCCGGCAUCUUUGUCGAAGGUCGCCUGAUGUCGAUCUGGGAUGCUUCUCGACAAAAGCUUAUCAAACCUGGAAAUGCCCUUGAGCUGAUGGAGGCCCAAGUUGUGAGCACUGGUGCUCUCAUCGAUGCGAUAUAUGGAAAGCUCACGGUCAACGAUGCAAUUCAAAACGGAGUGAUUGAUAUGUCCACUGGCGAUGCCCUCAACAGAUCCCGAAUUGCUUACAAAGGCGAUAAGGAUAAGAACUCUUUGAAGAGCAUGAUGAACAAGGGCACCCUUGCUGAAUCGAAAGCGCUCAGACAUCUCGAAAUUCAGAUCGCAUGUGGAGGCGUGAUAGAACCAAGAACUGGGCGAUACUUUUCCAUCCCACAAGCAUUCGAGGCUGGCCUUUUGGAAAAGAACGACCUUCAAAAGAUUAGAAAAAAUAAGUUCUUCACGGAUCCAGAUCGAGAGGAGCGACUGAGUUACUUAGAGCUAUGUUUGAGAUGUGUAAAGGACGACACGGGCCGCCUGUUCCUGCCAGUUCACCGAAUCAAUCUUGCCAAGACAAAACGAUCAAAGCCACGAAAGAAGAAAAUAGUCGUUGUUGAUCCCAGCACAUCCGAAGAGCUCAAUUGCCAAACCGCGUUCAGCAGGGGUCUGAUCGAUGAAGAAUUCUUUGUCCAGCUGCUCACAGAAGAGGGCAAGUCCCAAGAACAAAUCGACGACAUUCUCUACGGAAAAAGCAAAUCCAUUCCUCUUACUGUAACGCAUGAGCGCGAGUUAGGGUUAUGCAGAUACAAAACCUCGAUCGACAGCCGCCGCGAUUCUAAAUCUGACAUUUUCUCUUGCACAUCUUCCUCCGUUGAUCUCGGAUCAAUUGCUUCCACACCAAUGGGUUCUCGCGAACCUACCCCAUCGCUUGGAGUUGUCUCCGCCGCUGAGUUAGAAAACCGUCUCCUGAAACUAGCAAAAGACGGUUUCCGCGUUGCGAUCGGAGCAAUCAAGGAUGAGACUACUGGAGAAACAAUUUCGAUUUCCCAAGCGACUGAUCGAAAACUGAUUGACUCUGUUACCGAGCAGCGAUUGCUCGAAGCACAAGCAGUUACUGGAGGAAUCAUUCUUCACAGCUCCGGCGCGCGGCUCACACCGAAUGAAGCUCUGAGCGCCAAGUACAUCACCAACCGAGCGUUUUCGACACUGACGGAGGCGUACAAAGCAUGGACUGGCUUCUCAGAUAGAAGAACUGGCAAACGCAAUUGCUUGAGUCUGCCUGAAGCUCUCAAAAGCGGCUCAGGAAGUUAUGAAGCAAUGACGAGAUUCUUGGAAUAUCAAAUUGUUCUUGGAGGCGUGUAUGACGUGCAGAAGCGAGAGUUCCACUCGCUACAUGAAGCAGUCGAUCAUGGCUUGAUCGAGAGUCGAAAGGCGGAGCGUUUAGCUGACUUUUCGCGUCACUCGAGACAGCUGACCGAUCCCCGAACGAAUCUAACGACGACGUAUUCAAAGUUGGUUGACGCGGCCGAGGUCGACAAGGAGGGCAUUCUCGUCCUCUCUGCCUGGCCUCGCAAGCAGCGCUCCCUCAAGCUUGACUCCGGCCUCACCGUUCGCGCUUCUUCAAUCGCUUCAUCCCGAGCUUCUUCCCGCGGCACUUCGCCAACGCGCCACCUCGACACCUUCGAUAUUGGCCAGAUCUAA